CCGCCCACUGCGCCUAAGUGUCCUCGGAUUCCCGGCGGGACCCCGUGGGCUGCCGACUAUAUGCCGGACUACGACGAGGUGACCGCCUUCCUGGGCGAGUGGGGGCCCUUCCAGCGCCUCAUCUUCUUCCUGCUCAGCGCCAGCUUCAUCCCCAAUGGCUUUACUGGGUUGUCUGGCGUGUUCCUGACGGCGACCCCGGAGCACCGUUGCCUGGUACCUGACACCGUGAAUCUGAGCAGCGCGUGGCGCAACCACAGUAUCCCGUUGGAGAAGAAGAACGAAGAACAGGUGCUCCAGAAGUGCCGCCGCUACCGACUGGCCACCAUCGCCAACUUCUCUGCGCUGGGGCUGGAGCCAGGACGGGAUGUGGACCUGGAGCAGCUGGAGCAGGAGAACUGCCUGGAUGGCUGGGAGUACAACAAGGACAUCUUCCUGUCCACCAUCGUGACAGAGUGGGACCUGGUGUGUAAGGAUGACUGGAAGGCCCCACUCGCCACCUCCUUCUUUUACGUGGGUGUGCUCUUAGGCUCCUUCAUUUCGGGACAGCUCUCAGACAGGUUUGGUCGCAAGAAUGUGCUGUUUUUGACCAUGGCCAUGCACACUGGAUUCAGCUUCAUACAAGUCUUCUCUGUGAACUUGGAGAUGUUUACUCUGCUCUUUACUCUUGCUGGAAUGGGACAUAUAUCCAACUACCUGACAGCAUUUGUCCUGGGAACAGAAAUUCUUUCCAAGUCAGUUCGAAUUAUAUUCGCCACCUUAGGAGUUUGCAUAUUUUUUGCACUUGGCUUCAUGGUGCUGCCUCUGUUUGCAUACUUCAUCAGAGACUGGAGGAUGCUGCUGCUGGCAAUUACUUUACCAGGAGUGCUGUGUGGGCCUCUCUGGUGGUUCAUCCCUGAGUCCCCCCGAUGGCUCAUCUCUCAAGGCCGGAUUAAAGAGGCACAAGUGAUCAUCCGAAAAGCUGCCAAAGUUAAUGGGAUUGUUGCACCUUCCACUAUCUUCGAUCCAAAUGAGACCAAUACGUUACAAGAUGGAACUCCCAAGAAGUCUCAGUCACACCACAUUUACGAUCUGGUCCGAACAUGGAAUAUCAGGAUCCUCACCAUCAUGUCCAUAGUCCUGUGGCUGACCAUAUCACUGGGCUAUUUCGGACUUUCUUUUGAUACUCCAAACUUGAAUGGCAACAUCUAUGUGAACUGCUUCCUGCUGGCGGCUGUUGAAGUCCCAGCCUAUGUGAUGGCCUGGCUCUUGCUGCAACAUGUGUCCCGGCGAUAUUCCAUGGCUGGUUCCCUCUUUCUGGGUGGCAGUGUCUUUCUGUUACUGCCACUGGUGCCUUCAGAAUUAUAUUAUUUGUCUACUGUCCUGGUGAUGGUGGGCAAGUUUGGAAUCACCUCUGCCUAUUCCAUGGUCUAUGUGUACACAGCUGAGCUGUACCCCACUGUGGUCAGAAACAUGGGUGUGGGAGUCAGCUCCACAGCAUCCCGCCUUGUCACCAUCCUGUCUCCCUACUUUGCUUACCUUCGUUCCUAUAACCGCCACCUGCCUUAUAUCCUCAUGGGAAGUCUGACCAUCCUGACAGCUAUCAUCACUUUCUUCUUCCCAGAGAGCUCUGGGGUUUCUCUCCCAGACACCAUUGACGAAAUGCAAAAGGUCAAAAGAAUAAAACAAACGCAAUCACUAAGCAAGAAAGGUUCCUCACGAACGUCUAAAGGAAAAGUGUCCCCACAAGAGUCUAAAGGAAAAGUGCCCCAAACCUAAAGGUUUCUGGUCCAGAAGCUGAAAAAACUGAACUGAAAACCUGCAUGUUAUCAGAAAUACUAUCAGUGACCAAGGGCUUUCUGUUUUAUUGACCUUGUGUCUAACAAGCAUCUGUCCUGAAGAGCAACCUUCCUCCAGCCCCAAAGGCUAACUACACACAGCUUGCACAUCCGUCACAGUGGUGGACUUGGGCCUUCCAAAGAAGUUAAUGAGUCUCUUGAACAGCUGGGACUUGGAAGACUAUGAGAAACAUCUGCUAGACAUGCUUUGUUAUUUUGUAAGAUCCGAUAAGGUCACAGAGAGAACUGCAGGUCUGUUUUCCCUCCUUUCCCUAACUGAAGAACUUAGCGGAAAAGGAAUAAAUGUGGCUCUAGGGCAGGGUACAAUGCUCUUAACUCAUGACAUAACACAAGACAGAGGGAACCCUAAAGGAAACUAAGGUGGAAGCUGGUACACAAAGCAGACAGUGUGGACUGUGACUGCUCAGUCCGACAGCCAGCUGUACUGUGUGUCUGCUCAGGGUCCUGUGAGAAAUCUACUGUUGUAUAAACCAGAAUUCUGGGUGUCAAUCACUUAUCUGUGUCUUGAAGAACAUGUAUGGAUAACAGAGUGUCCCUUCCUUCUCCCAGCACUGUCAUGGUGGGGGGGUUGUUUGUUUGUCAUCUGCUGUUGUGUCUCAAGCUAUUUGUCCUUUAGCAGAAACGUGGGAACUGCCUGUGUUUCCCAGCCCAGAGUCACUCUGGCUGGUGUGCAGUUGCCACCAUACAAGGCCUUCCCAGUCUUAGCCACUAGAGCUGCUCUGAGUGCCAAAAAUAAUAACACUAUGCUUCUUCCUUUUACGAUGUGUAAUCAUGAGGAAAAUUACAAGAAAGAAAUGUAAAUUGUGUUCAUAGUC